AUGUCGUCGUGGCUGCGGAGCGCGGUGAGCAAGGCCGUCGAGGCGGGCGGCCGCAGCGGCGUCGCCCGCGCCGUGCUUGGCUACGCCGACGCCGUGGCCCACCACGCUGGCCAGGCCGUCGCCGAGGGCGCGAAGAUCCUCAACGACCGAAUGGGCGCUCACAACUACAAAAGUGUCAAGAAAACAGUGAAGCGUUUGGAAGAGGUAGCAGUCUCAGCACGUGGGGAAGACAGGGUUCAGGUGCUAAGGCGCUGGCUCAGGGCGCUACAAGAGGUUGAGGCUGAAGUUGGAGGUCUAGAUGGGGCUGCCGGACAACAGAGUGCCCCUUCAAGUGAACCAAACACCUCAAAAGUGCCAUUGGCAAGAGUUCUGUUUUAUGAUGCUGAUAUUGGAGGCGCCCCAAUGAAUUUUCGAGAUGUGUUUCUCUAUAGCCAAGCACUUGAAGGUAUUACAUUGUCCAUGAUUCUUCAAGCUCCUAAUGAAGAAGAGGUUCCCCUGCUUUUGGAAAUUUUCGGCUUAUGUCUUACAGGAGGGAAAGAAAUCAACAAUGCAAUUAUGAGCAGUAUACAGGACUUGGCAAAAUCAUUCUCAAAUUACCAUGAUGAAGUCCUGGUGAAACGUGAAGAGCUGCUUCAGUUUACCCAAAGUGCCAUUUCAGGCCUAAAGAGGAAUGCUGAUAUUAUGAGAAUAGAUGCUGAAGCUGCAGAGUUGUGGACGAAACUAAAUGAUAAGGAGACAUCGAGAGAUCAACUAACUCAAGAACAUGCUAAAAUUACGGAAAGGACUUCUGCUGCUACUGUUGAGGCAUUCAAAGAAGCACUCUCUGAAGUCCGAUUCUGCUCUAGAAUGGAAGAGCUUUUACUGAAGAAAAAAUCAUCUACUGCCGGAGACUCCCUUGAGAUUCGUUCCCAAAAGGUUGACAAAUUAAAGGUCUUAGCAACCUCCCUUUCUAAUUCAUCUUCCAAGGCAGAGAAGCGUAUUUUGGAUCACAGGCGCCAGAAAGAAGAGGCUCUUAACUUCCGUGCUAAAAAGGAGAAUGAAGUGAGUGCAGUCGAAAAGGAGUUGACUGCUGAGAUUUCUGAAUUGGAGAAGCAACGUGAUGAACUUGAGGCUCAGUUGAAGAAGGUCAACAUUUCACUGAAUGCUGCAGUUGGACGGCUCAAGCAAACAAGAGAAGAGAGGGAUCAAUUUGAUGAAGCAAGCAAUCAAAUGAUCUUUAGUUUAAAAUCGAAGGAGAAUGAACUUUCAAAAUCUAUUACCUCAUGUAAUGUGGAGGCUGGCGUAGUGAAGACUUGGAUAAAUUUCCUUGAGGAUACUUGGCAGCUUCAGUCAUCGUACAAUGAACAGAAAGAAAAGAGAACCAAUGAUGAGCUAGAGAGAUGUACAGAGAAUUUUCUGAAGUUGACCAAAUGCCAUCUGUCUACAUUCAAGGAAGUUUUGAGCCCAUCAAUUGAGCGGAUCCGCACGUAUGUGGAUAAUUUGGCAGUCAUACGGUCAAGGGAGGUGUCAACAGAACAUGACAAUGAUGAGAUAUCUGAAAAGACAAGUCCACAGAAAUCUCUCGAGGAGGAAUAUUUGGAAACUGAAAAGAAGAUCGUAAUUGCCUUCAGCAUCACUGAUCACAUGAAGAAGUUAUUUUAUUCUGAACAAGGAGCUAACUCUAGGAGAGAUGAUGACGAGGUCAGGAACUUAUUUUCUGAGAUAGAUAAACUUAGAGAGGCCUUCGAGUCUGUGGAAAGGCCGACGUUAGACAUUGAAGUUCGCCGAGCAAAGGUUCCAACAAAGGAGAGAGCUGAAUCAAGCUCCUCACCAGUUCAGGCGCCUUCUACACCUAAAGCUGAAAUGGUGGAGGCACCUUCUACGCCUAAAGCUGAAAUUAUGGGGGCUCCAAAAUCUCCAGUGAAACCUGACCAGCCGCUGGAUCCUGAUUCUGAGCUUGCGAAGUUGGAACUAGAAUUUGGUCAGGUUAACAAAUACUCACCUGAAGAGAUAAGUGGGUGGGAAUUUGACGAGCUUGAAGAGGAGCUAAGAGCUGACAUCUCCAAAUCAGGCGAUAAAAAAUAACGGCAUACACCCGACUAUACGUUCCCCGCUUCCCCAUGGUCUGGCUUCACUCGCAGUUGGAUACUUGAAUGUACAGAACGUUCUAUUAUGUUCAUUGAUCAUGUAUUCUUACUGUAUCAAAGAGCACUGCUUGCGCAGCUUGACAAGACAUUUGCUAUUUAUUUGUUCUUGUCAUAGUUCUAUGUAAUGUGUACAGAAAAGAGUGAAGUGGUUGUAACAUUUACAUGUACAUAAAAAAAUAAGUCGUUAUAAGCUUGAUGCUUCAUUGUCUACUGAAUGGCCAGAGCUUGGCUGCAGCAGGGUUCA